GCGGGGGAGCGGAGGGCGGGGCGGGGGCGUCGGGAUGGCGGUGCCGAGCCGAGGAAGAACAUCAGAGAUUCUGUCAUCGCUUCCCUUACACAUCCUGCUUUAUGUAAAUGGCAUUUAUUACAUCUUCUACUUCUUGGCAACUCUUGCAAUGAUUAUUUACAAAAGUCAAGUUUUCAGUUAUCCAGAUGAUUUUUUGGCUCCUGAUCUUGCCGUGCUUUUCCUUAUGGCCAUUCUGGAAAUGCCUAGAUUGUACUUGGGUUUCAAGGGUAACCUGACAGAAGCAGAGGUGCCACUGGGGCUGAGCCUGGGGCUCACGGUGGGCAGUGUGGUGCUGUGUGUGUACCUGCUGCUGUGGCAGACCUACGUGCUGUGGGCAGAUGUGCUCCUCAACGCCGUGCUGCUCUCGGCCUACGGGCUCGAGUCGGGGCUCAAGGUCACGGCCAUCGCUGCCUUCGUCAGCUGAGCCCGGGCCCUUCCCACACGCCUGCCACACAUUCCUUCUCUGAAAGAGUGGGGCUUCAUUUCCAUUCCUGAAUUCCUUUGUAUAUAAAAACCCUGUAAAGCUUCUCUCUGUUGAAAUGAGAAGUUUUGGGGACGUAGAUGUCCUGCCCAGGAGCUGUGUGAUGCUGUCCACCAUUGGCUUAUUUAUGGGCAAAGGCAAGGGAUGAAUCGCAAAACACUUAACACUCUGGCAUUCACCAGGGGUCAGUACUAAAUAUCCAUUCCCAGCACAGGAUAGAAGGCAGUGCUGCUGGCAUGGUGGGAGUUUUCAUGGCACAGGAGCAACAUGCAGCCCAAGUGACACAGAAAUGAAUCAGGCCAGGGCUCACUUGUGCCUUGCCACGCACACGUCCGUGUUUGAGGGCACAGCUGCUCUGCUGCUCUCAUUUGUGUUUCCAGACCUCAGUGGUAAUUUCCCUGACUUUAGUAGGGCAGAACCUGAUGUAUCCCAGCGGGGGAGAGUGGAACUGGGUUUUGUGCAUACCUGGAGAGCCAAGCCACGAGGUUUGGCAGCCAGUUCUUACUACAUGAGGGGAUGUUUGGUUAGACAGGAUGGCUUUAAAAUGAACAAAACCAUUCACCAUUCGUUCUCUCUUCUGUCCUGUUUGAAAGUUCAGCAGAAUGUUGGUAGUUUUAUUUCUAUUCAGUGUUUAAUGUGCCUAUUUCUACUAUUUUUAAAAUAUUACUACAUUCAAGUCUUAACUUCUAACUGGUGCAAGUGCAGAGUUUUUUACUGUCUCUAAAAUAUGUGUUAAUGGAAAGCUUUGGGAGUUCGUGGGUUUUUGAAGAAGUCUAUUUUCUAUUCAGAAUUUCCUAUUUUUGUAUUUAUUUAUUCAUUCAAAUAAAUAAUGAUUUAGCUCUAA